AUGUCGGAAACCAGGAAUAUCGUGAUCCUUGGAGCCUCCUUUGCUGGCCUCAAUGCCGCUCAUUACAUCUGCAGGCAUACAUUGCCAAAGCUGAAGCAAGCCAAGGAUGUCAAUUAUGCACUUCACCUCAUUGAUCCGUCGACGCAUUUCUGGUUCCAUAUCGCUGCUCCACGAGAAAUUGUGUCUGUCAAGGAAAUGCCACACAACAAGUGCUUCGUCCCAUGCAUGGAUGGCUUCAAGCAGUAUACCGACCUCAAGGAUUCGAUCCACUUCCAUCAGGGUUCGGCAUCUGGCCUGAAUACAGAUGCGCGGACAGUCUUGUUCAAGACCCCUCAAGGUGUCGAGGAGUCAUUGCCCUACCACGCUUUGAUCAUCACCACCGGUGUUCGAUCACCAACGCCACUCACUACUCUGCAAGGCGACCAUAAUAUCACAAUCAAGGCUCUGGACGAGAUGAAUGCCAAGCUACCUACUGCCAAGGAGAUCGUUAUCUCUGGUGGUGGACCCAUUGGCGUCGAGACCGCAGGAGAGAUCGCCACCCACCUCACCCACAACCCACGCAUCACCCUCAUCGCAGGCAGCAGCAAACUGAUCCCCAUCUUCUCCACUUCUCGUGCCACCAAGACCCAGAAGAUGCUUGAGAAGCUCGGCGUCACCAUCGUCUACAACACCAAGACCACAGGCUCGAAAGAACUCCCUGAUGGCAAGACGGAAAUCACUCUCGACAACGGUGAGACAAUGACUGCCGACGUCUUCAUCCCUGCCUACGGUGUCCAGCCAAACACCGAGUUCCUCCCAGCGAAUCUGAAAGGGAAGAAGGAAUACGUAGCAACGAACGGCAAGACCCUCCGGGUCGACGCCGCUGGCCCACGCGUCUACAGUCUCGGCGACGUUUCGGGCGUGAGUCUCGGCGGUAUCUUGAAGUUGGGCGCUUCUGUCCCGGUCUUCGGCGCGAACAUUAAUCACGACCUAUUCGAGGACGCCAAGGUUGGGACGUUCGCAGAGAGGACCUAUACUCGCAAAGACGAUGAGACGCAGCUGGUGCCUAUUGGAGCCAAGGGAGGUGUCGGCGCUUUCGCUGGUUGGGGUAUGCCCAGUUUCGUCAUUUCGAUGGUGAAGGGCAAGGACUACUUUCUGAGUACGAUGCCUGAGCAUACCGAGGGAACGAAGUUGAAGAAACCGUAG